UUCCCAUGCUCCUUUGAAGUACAAUGCGUUUCCAUAAACCUGAACGGUUUCGCUUUUAACGGAUCCACGAGGAAGAAGGUCUAUGAUGAGACCAUUGGUGUGAUCGGAAGCCCACUUAUUCAGCUCUUGACGCACUUGUACAGCCUUCAAAACAAAACCAAAAACCAUGUCAGAGAGGAUUAUUAUAAAACUACAAGCCUUAUGUUUAACAAAUAUCUCAAAACCCUAAAAUAUUCUUAAAACAUUAUAAUAAAGUUGAGCAAAAGUAGCCUUAAAAAAUUUCUCCAACAGAUCCUUUAAGGAGGGAUCAAAGGGGAGUGAUUGCAGAGAUUUUGGGGCCGCCCUUCUUACUAGACAGCGUUAAGCUUGUCGGAGCCAGGACUAUCAAAAUCGACUAUCGAUUUCCAUUUCGUUUUCAUUGAAAUCGCAUCUGCAUCUUCUUCAAUCCAAUCUCUGAGCUCGUUAUCACCACCACCACCGUCUUUCCUCUCCGAUACCGGUGCGGAAGUCUUGUCCCAAAAUGUCUAUCAGGAGGCCUCAAAUCCCUCGGCUUCUUCUUCAAAACGUCUCUUGCAUGAGAAACGCGCAGCAGAUUCUAAGACACGUGAAUGUAUCUCUUCAUGACGGUGGUGCACUUGUCUUAACUGGAACAAACGGAUCCGGUAAAUCAACUUUCUUGAGAAUGUUAGCUGGAUUCUCAAAACCCUCUGCAGGAGAAAUCCUUUGGAAUGGUCACGACAUCACACAGUCAGGAAUCUUUCAACAAUACAAACUCCAACUCAACUGGAUCUCUUUAAAAGACGCCAUCAAAGAGAGAUUCACAGUACUCGAUAAUGUCCAAUGGUUUGAGCUUCUCGAGAAUAAAAUCGGCAAAGCUCAACCCGCGUUGGAGCUAAUGGGGUUAGGGAGACUGGUGAAAGAGAAAUCGAGAAUGUUAUCGAUGGGUCAGAGGAAAAGAUUGCAACUUGCGAGGCUCCUCGCUAUCGAUAGACCGAUAUGGCUUUUGGAUGAACCAUCCGUUGCUUUGGAUGAUGAAGGUGUUAGAUUGCUCGAGUAUAUUAUCGCAGAGCAUAGGAAAAAAGGAGGGAUUGUGAUUGUCGCGACUCAUCUUCCGAUAGACAUUGAAGAUGCUAUGAUCUUGAGGCUUCCUCCUAGGUUUCCAAGGAAAAUGACUUUGAUUGAUAUGCUUGAUCGUGCAGACAUUUCUUAGUAGAAGAAUCAAAGAGAGUUUAUAACUGGGAGUGUUUUAUUUUGUACUGUGUAAUGGAAUGUUAGUUUUGUCAAGAAAAUUGGUUAAAAAUAUUAAAAAUGAGCAAAUUC